AUGGAAAGAUGUAAUACAAUAUCUACUCCUAUGGAAUAUGGUGAACGAUUAUCGAAAAAUGAUCUUGAAGACGAGGUAAAUGAAAAUUUAUAUAGAAGUCUGGUGGGAUGCCUCAUGUAUUUAACAAAUAUUCGGCCGGAUAUAAUGUUUGCGGUUAGCAAAAUAAGUCGGUUCAUGGAGAAACCAAAAAGGAGUCACUGGGAAGCAGGAAAACGAAUCUUAAGAUACAUAAAAGGGACAAUAAAUCAUGGAAUCAUAUAUUCAAAGGGAAGUAAAGGGAAGUUAGUCGGGUUUAGUGACAGCGAUUAUGCCGGAAAUGCAGAUGACAACAAAAGCACGUCUGAUUACAUAAUUCACUUAGGUUCGGGAGCAAUAGCAUGGCAGUCCAAGAAAUAA